GACACCCUCACUAGCUAAGCCACUACCUCCCUCUUAACACAAACUUUUAUGGAGUAAAUGUUUUGUUUCCAAUGAAGAUCUUUUUGGUUAUCUUGCUACUUGUGAAUUGGAGCAAUGUGGAAGGAAGAUAUCAUUACCACAAGAAGCAAAAGAAAGCCCCUCCUCCUGCUCCUGCUCUUCCUCCUCCUGAUCCCAUAAUAUCACCAACACCUGAUUACACACCAAUAGUAUCCGUCCCUUCUGACCCGGUUCAAGAAGACUGCGUGUUUGAUGUCACGGAUUAUGGCGCCAUUGGAGAUGGUUCUACGGAUGACACAGCGGCUUUCGUCGCUGCGUGGAAGGCAGCCUGUGCUGUGGAGUCGGGUACUCUGUUGGUACCAUCUGGCUGCACCUUCAUGAUAACGUCCACAAUUUUCUCUGGACCUUGCAAGCCAGGACUCGUGUUUCAAGUAGAUGGGAUCCUAACCCCACCCGCAGGUCCGGAUUGCUGGCCAAAGAAAGAUAGCGCCAGGCAAUGGCUCGUUUUCUAUAAACUUAACAAUAUGACGUUAACUGGAACCGGUACUAUUGAAGGCAAUGGCAAAGACUGGUGGGAGCUUCCCUGCAAGCCUCAUCGGGGUCCCAAUGGGUCAACAUUGCCUGGACCAUGUGAUAGUCCUACUUUAAUUCGCUUCUUUAUGAGCUCAAAUUUGGCACUCAGUGGACUUAGGAUCCAAAACAGCCCAAUGUUUCACGUGAAAUUUGACGGGUGUGAGGGAGUGUUCAUAGAUAAAGUGUCGAUUUCAUCGCCUAAACUCAGCCCCAACACUGACGGGAUCCAUAUAGAGAAUACAAAGUCUGUGGGCAUCUACAAUUCCAUGAUAGCCAAUGGGGAUGAUUGCAUUUCCAUUGGCCCCGGUUGCGUAGAUGUUGAUAUAGAGGCUGUCACUUGUGGGCCUAGUCAUGGGAUCAGCAUUGGGAGCCUAGGGGUGCACAACUCGGAGGCAUGUGUUUCAAACAUAAGCGUAAGGAACGUAAUGAUACACGAUUCUGACAACGGGGUGAGGAUAAAGACAUGGCAGGGUGGGGCGGGGUCAGUAACAGCAAUAGCUUUCGAGAACAUCCAAAUGGAGAAUGUGAGGAACUGCGCAAUCAUAGACCAGUACUACUGCGCAAACAAGAACUGUGUAAACCAGACGUCAGCGGUGUAUGUUCGGGACAUAACUUAUAGAAACAUAAAGGGAACAUACGACGUGCGUAGCCCUCCAAUACAUUUUGCGUGCAGCGACACAGUUGCGUGUACCAACAUAACCAUGUCGGAGGUUGAGUUGUUGCCAUUUGAAGGGGAGUUAGUGGAUGAUCCGUUUUGUUGGAAUGCGUAUGGGGUGCAGGAGACGCUCACUAUACCUCCAAUUGAUUGUUUACGAGAUGGUAUGCCAGAGUCGGUAUCAGACAAAUACCUAUAUGGGGAGUGCACCUAAGAAAAAGAAAAAGAAAAAAAGGUUUAUGGGUAUUUAUUUAUAGAGUUAUAUACUGUAUAGCCCACCCCGAAUAGCCAGCCAUAUGUUAUAUGUAUCAGUGUGACACUAGGACCCAUCCUUGUAAGGUUUAGUUUGAUUACCUUAUUGGGCGAUGAAGUUAGGAUUCAUUCUCCAUUUGUAUGGCAGUCACAUUAUGAUUUAAGUAAAGAUUGUGUUUCAUAGCA